AUGGGUGUGACUUCUCAGGCCCUUGCCUAUGGCCUGGAGAUUCACCCAGGUACUGCGCAGCCGGAAGCAUAUAACAGCACCUCCUCAGAACUCAACCUGUCCCACCCGAUCCAUGGAACUGCCCUUGGGAACCAGACUGGUGAUCUCUCAGAGCACCAGCAAUAUGUGAUUGGCCUUUUCCUCUCAUGUCUCUACACCAUUUUCCUCUUCCCCAUUGGUUUUGUGGGGAACAUUCUGAUAUUGGUGGUGAACAUCAGUUUCCGUGAAAAGAUGACAAUCCCAGACUUGUACUUCAUCAACCUGGCGGCAGCGGACCUCAUCCUGGUGGCUGACUCCCUGAUCGAAGUGUUCAACCUGGACGAGCAGUACUACGACAUCGCUGUCCUAUGCACCUUCAUGUCCCUCUUCUUGCAGAUCAACAUGUACAGCAGUGUCUUCUUCCUCACCUGGAUGAGCUUUGAUCGGUACAUCGCCUUGGCCAGAGCUAUGCGCUCCAGUCUGUUCCGCACGAAGCACCACGCCAGGCUGAGCUGUGGCCUCAUCUGGAUGGCUUCUGUCUCCGCCACCCUGGUACCCUUCACCAUCGUCCACCUGCAGCACACCGAGGAGGUCUGCUUCUGUUUUGCAGAUGUCAAGGAGAUCCAGUGGCUUGAGGUCACCCUGGGGUUUAUCAUCCCCUUUGCCAUCAUAGGUCUCUGCUACUCCCUCAUAGUCCGAGUUCUCAUCAAAGCUCACAAGCACCGAGGUCUGCGUCCCCGAAGGCAGAAAGCCCUCCGGAUGAUCUUUGCAGUGGUCCUUGUCUUCUUCAUCUGCUGGCUGCCAGAGAAUGUCUUCAUCAGCGUUCACCUCCUGCAGAGGACACAGCCAGGGGCUGCUCCCUGCAAACAGUCUUUUCACCACGCCUACCCCUUAACUGGCCAUAUUGUCAAUCUCGCAGCGUUCUCCAAUAGCUGCCUGAACCCCCUUAUCUACAGCUUUCUUGGGGAAACUUUCAGGGACAAGCUGAGGCUGUAUAUUGAACAGAAAACAAACUUGCCAGCUCUGAAUCGCUUCUGUCACGCUGCCCUAAAGGCAGUCAUUCCAGACAGCACCGAACAGUCGGAUGUUAAGUUCAACAGUGCAGUGUGAAAAGCCUCACAGACACAGACCCAAAUGUGGUGCUACUCACAGGAACUGCACACACCUACAGCAAGGGGCAAGGUGGGCAGAAAGGAUGGGCCACGUCAUGUUUCUAAACCUCAGUCAGAACACUGCUAUGGACUCCUCAGUGCCUCGGUUAUGGUCAUACUUGCUUGGUCGCCCUUGGGGCUGUUAAGGAAACCUCAUCACAAGCCCUUCUUGAUUCUGCACUGCUCACAUAGACUUGCUACUAUUCAAAAAUGCUCGCCACUGCAGGUCAUGUAACUCCAGUAGGCUUCUCUCUGCACACAUUGUAUCUUGCAGCAGAAAAUGAUUCUGAAGUUGUUAAUCAACCAAAGCCAAAAGACAGGGGGCACUUUGGAUGAAAUAUCUUAGUUACAAAGUAAAUCUUCAACAAAUCUGCUAUCUUGGAGAAAAAAGGAAGUAUGGAGAUAGAAUAUGCUCAGCUGAUCUAAGCAAGAUAUGGUGGUAUGUUUUCCACAUCUGUGAUUUAUAAUUCACUAUGUACAAGCAAAUGAGUGUACCGUAAGUUAAAAAGGAAAAGAAAAAAGCACUUCUCUUGCAUGCACCUGAGCAUUCCUCAUCUCUCAGAAUGGCACCAAAUGCAUUGCUGCAACCUUGCCCAUACCAUGUGAGCAACACCUGGGUAACUCAGUCUGCAUUAGUUAAGAAGGUUCUUUAAUGAAAUACCUAUCCGCCUGCUCUGAGAUACUGAUUUAGUCACUGUACUUGUUUACAAUAGUCUUUGCAAUUAUGUUAAUGUGGAAUGAGACUGUGAGAGUUGCCGUGCAGUUUAGUGGGAUGCCAAAAUGAAAUACUCCAGCAGGUAUGGCUCAAGAAUUUGCCUCUACAAAAAUAAUAGUGGGAACAAUGUAAACAAUCCUCAUUAAAAAGUUAAAAAAAGAAAAGAAAAAAACUAAUGAUUGCUGGUAAUGUUCAGCCUUUGUCAAUAAAAUAUAGCCAUGUGCUGAUUCUUCUAAAUGCUCUAAGUAGUUCCCUAAGUGGGGUGAGGAGUGGGCAAACAGUGGGAAGCUCUCAGAAAGAGCCACAGCACCAGAAUCGCUCCUUCCUCACAAAGAAAAAAUACCUCCAUAGCUUCACAAAGUUCACUUACCAUCCAGAGAACUCUCUUAUGAGGCCAACAUCUAAAUCCAGCCAACCGGCCAUAACCUGGCACUUCUAAGGAUAUCCAGAAAACUGUAGUCUGACACUUCUGCUGCAUAAUCUUUGGGUAACAAAACAUGUUUUAUUACAAAUGCAAAAGGCAGGUCUCAGCCUUGUCCAACAGACUGCACCACACAACCUCGCUUUUCUAGAAGGCUCUACGUUGUAAGCCAAGCCAUGGUGCUCUGCAGCAGCACAGAGCACUUUCAGAGCAGCCGGCUGGGAGGGCUCCCUAGUCCCACUCUAAUACAAGAUGAGGUCUGGUUUUCAUUUCUGCUUCCCAGUCUUUCUGCCCCACCACUCUGGCAGCCGGCCCAUCUCCACAGGGCCCACCUCCCGACGACCUGCUGAUCUGACUAAUCAACU